AUGACCCGCGGAAAUCAGCGAGACCUGGCACGUGCCAAGAACCAGAAGAAGCUCGCCGAGGCCAACAAGGGCAAGCGCAACGAAUCGAAUACGUCCAUCGCCGCCAGGAAGGAGGCCGAUGCAGAGGCGCUGAGAGCUAAACAGGCGGCAAAGGCCGCAAAGGCUGCCGAAGCGGGCGGCGGAGGGAAAUGA